AUGGUACAGGAACAACGCGCGUUCAUGCGGACGGUGGCAAGUGAGUCGAACCACAGCGACCCCGCCAGGGAGGUGGAAGCGCUGGAGGCAUUACGAGCGAGCGCCUUCCUGACUCAGUUGUGGAGCUCCGUAAUGGGACUGUACGACUACACCUUGCUGUUGGAGUACUGCCCAUACGGCCUUCUGGAGGGUUUGCUACGGGUGAAUCGAAGCGGAGCCGUGGCCAUUGGGAACGUGUCGUUGCACGUAAUGUUAUAUGCAAUAUGUAAAUAUUCGACAAGUUAUCGCCCCCGUAAACUUAAGUCGCGAGCGACCCGCGAACGUCAGGGCUGUGACGGCGAUGUGUUGGGUGACCUGUUUGACGAUGACGAGAAUGCGGAGACGAAUGCGGGGUAG